AGGGGGCGAUGGUGGUCACGUGCUGGUUUCAACUUCCUGUUUACCACUUGUUCCUUGAGACAGUUCACGGAUUUCAACACUUGCAGUCGUGUGAUUUUGAUCAAGAACAACAAAUACGCAUUUGAAUCCCUGCAGCUACGGAAUUCAUCGUUUUGGAAACGUUCAUAUUUUUUGUCAUCUUUGCGGAGAGGAAAUGAAGAUGUGACAUUGAGGAAACGUGACUAGGCCGGGAGUCCUUGAGAUUUCCUGAGUCAGGCGCCCGGACUAAAUGUUUGGAGCUCGGAGUAUUCCUCUGUCAACAAACGGCUCAACACUAAACAUACGCGUGAUGAGGGCAAGGACUACAAACCAGUCAGCUGGAUGAUUGUCUGCAUUACAUUUUAAAAGCUAACUUUUGGUAAUGUGGUGGAUUAAAGUUUGAACGUGGAUACUUUCUCAAAUUAGCUAACUAGAUAGCUAACGUUAGUCAACAAAUCCACCACAGGCUUAGUUAGCCACGUUAGAUACAGCCAGCUUGCCUGGCCAGUUUUGCCUGGAAGGCUUAACUAGUCUGCUGGCUGGUUAACACGUCCUUGUUUAUAGAGGGUACCAACCCGGCGCUGCCCUGCAUUCGGGGAGAAUACCCGGCUCCGGCCCCUUCAAGCGGGCAGUCAGAAAGAAACUGGCUGGGAAGGGAUGGCCUGGUGGAUCUUCCCGUUCCCAAUGUGCUGCGGUGUUUGAGGGCGGACGAGUUCGGAUAGAACCCACGGUGGGUCGCGGCACGAUGACGGCUGCAUCCCCGUCCGUGUCUGGGAGCCUAACGGCCUCCGGACUAACGUUAUCAGGCAGAAAGAGCGAGGAAAUAGCGGAUUUGAUAGAUUUGUUUUCGAAGACACAGUACAGAGCGAAAGAAGUCUCCGGACGGGUCGAGACGAUAGAGAAGCGUUGCUUGGAACUCUUCGGCCGAGACUACAAGUACAGCGUCAUCCACAACACCAACGGGGAGGUGUGUGGCCACUACCCACAGCAUAUAGUCUUCCUGGAAUGUGAAAGCACUGAGCUCCGUAAAGACAGGUUUGAGAGCACAGUCCAGAUCACCAAGCUGCAGGACCUGGUGAACCGCAGUAAGAUGGCCCGCUGCCGAGGGAGGUUCGUCUGCCCAGUCAUCCUCUACAACGGCAAACAUAUUUGUCGGUCGUCCACUCUGGCAGGCUGGGGGGAGCUAUACGGACGCACCGGCUACAACUACAUCUUCUCCGGUGAGACUGACAAAAAAAGGGGUACUGAUGACACGUGGGGGGCAGAGUCCGAGCCAGAGGUUCCAGAGGACGACAGUGCGAGGAACGGGGACUCUCAGCUCUUUGACAAAGUGCGGGGUCUGGACAUCAAGCUGCUGCGCUACCUCUCUGUACGCUACAUCUGUGACCUCAUGGUGGAGAACAAGAAGGUCAAGUUUGGCCUUAAUGUCACCUCGUCUGAGAAGGUGGAUAAGGCCCAACGCUAUGCAGACUUCACCCUGCUCUCUGUGCCUUACCCAGGGUGUGAGUUCUUUAAGGACUACAAAGACAGAGACUACACCGCUGAGGGACUAGUAUUCAACUGGAAUCAGGAUUUUGUGGAUGCGCCUUUGACAAUCCCUGCGUGCUUUACCAAGAACUUGAAUAUAGACUGGAGUGAAUAUCAGUCUUGGGACCUGGUCCAUCAGACCCAGAACUACCUGAAGCUGUUGCUUCACAUCAUCAACAACGACGAUGAGAGCGGUCUCCUGGUGCACUGCAUAUCCGGUUGGGACCGGACGCCUCUUUUCGUGUCCCUCCUGCGGCUCUCGCUGUGGGCAGAUGGUGCCGUCCACGCCAGCCUGGAGCCGGCUGAAAUCCUCUAUCUGACAAUCGCCUACGACUGGUUCCUCUUUGGUCAUAUGCUGCCUGAUCGCCUCACCAAAGGAGAGGAGAUUUUCUUUUUUUGCUUCAAUUUUUUGAAGCACAUUGUCUCAGAGAAGUUCUCUGCCAUGAAGAAACAGAGGAGGAAAAACUCUCAUUUCAAAGACACUGAUUUCACAGUGGAUGACCUCUGCCAGUUGAAGUCCAGGGAGUCCAGGGGCAGCGUGACCAGUUUGAGCAGUGACUUCUCUCUGAUCACGGAGGACGCGGGCGGAGCCUCCAGCCUCACCAACGAGGCCGUGGACCUGUUCUCCGGCCAGUAUCUGGGAGCCUCCAGCUGGAGGAAGGGACACACCUCGUCCCCCCAGACGGUGCUGUGGAACCGUCCCGACCCCCUGCCCGAGCGGCUGGCCCACCCCCUCAGCCAAGAGGCCAAGUCUUCCAGCUCAUCCUCCUCCAACCAAUCGGAGCAGGGCUUCACACGAGCCGGCAGCAGUCCUAUGUCUGUGCCCGGGAGAAGGCUGGCGGCAGAGUAUGCCCGCUCCGGCUCCUCCCUCUCCACGGACUACGGCAGCUGGCAGAUCGUGUCGGGGUGCGGCUCCAUCCACGACCACGGACAGGUCGCCGCCGCCAUGGCCGCCGCCGCCAACGACUCGCCCCUCCCCUUUAGCUUCCAGGACGAGGGGCCCAGCGGACGCAUGUGCCCGUCCCCCUCGGAGCGUCAGGCUCGUCUGGAGGCGGUGAGGGAGGUGUUCCUGGCAGCCUACAGCUCCACCGUGGGCCUGAAGUCCAGCGCGCCCAGCCCCUCCGGCGCCAUCACAGGCCUUCUGGAGCAGUUUGCCCGCGGCGUUGGCCUCCGGGGCACCAACAGCAUCAUCUGAUCUAGGAACAGGUCCCCCACCCCAAAUGUGAAAUCUGGGCUCGUAGUCAUCGUAUUCAUAAAGUGUCUCAGAGUAGGAGUUCUGAUCUAGGAUACGUUUUUCCUCUUAGAUCAAAAUGAAUAAGAUCAUAUGGAUAGGAGGGACCUGAUUCUAGAUCAGCACUCCAACGGUGAGGCUCUUUGUGAAUAUGGUCCCUGACCCCCCCCUUCACCUCCCUCCCACUCAACCCCGUCCUGUAAACCCUCAUGGUUAAAUUGCGGUCCACGAUCAGCGUUCAUCUUUGUCGGGGAAAGCCACAUCAUGUUUCGUAUGGACUCUAAUAAAAAGUGCCAAACUUCUCUACUCUAUCCAGGUGCUGAAGCGUCUUUAAAAAAACAAACAUUUUUUUAUAUAUAUAUCAAACCCUGAAUUUCAUUACUUUUUUUCUAUUUCCUUUUUUUAUUUUAUUUGAAUCAUGUCGUUCCAACUUACUCUCUGGAUUUUUUCCUUUUUUGUUGCACAUUUUUGUCAAUUCAGGGAGUGGUUCAGGGGGGAUAACAAUGUCAGCCACAGUAUCAAAAAGGGACAGCUGGCCAUUGUAUUUAAAAAUGUGCAGCAUGGUUUAGAACAAAACUUGUCAUUUAUCUUUGGGGUUUGCUAAGAACGUGGUCAGAGUAAAAUUGACUUUUUACAUGCAGAGCAUUCGAAGCAUUUUAUGUGGAUUUCUUCCUUUUCUGUUUUUAAAAGAAUUAUUUGGGAUUCAACGUGCUGAUCGUCCUAAAUGGAGGAGGCCACACUUCUCUUUUCUUCGGUGACUGAACUCAUGAAAGCUGCUAUUCAGUGCUGAAUCAAGCGGAAGCGUUAACCAUAUCAUUGUAGUGGAUACUGUUGUUUACACACAAACAGCACUGGUCAAGUGUGUCAGGGCAACAGAAAUAUGCUGUUUCUUUUUAUAACCUAAUUCGGUGUAGACAAGUCUAAUAUCAAGCUGGAUGUAGCUUGAUUUUGUAGAAUGUAAUAUGUUGAAUCCUAAAACACCAUAAAGGUCUAUCUGUAUUAAACACGAAAGCUCAAACCUUUAUCAGCCGAUUUUAGAGUUGUUUAAUUAUUUUUAAUAAUCGGACUUGUGGUCAGAUAAGUCACUUUUAUAUGCAGACUUAAAGCAAAGAUCAAUUUUUCAUUGUCGCCAUACAAAACAUUUUCAUACAGUCUUCCUAUGUUUUAAAUUGAUUUAAACCGCACAUGCACACCAUCAAUAGACUGGUCCCAGAUCUAUUUGUGCUCUCUUGCCCACUCCUACGGCUGUGGCGUGAACCGAUCUGGGAUCAUUACUGGGGCUUAAGACCACAAGCCAGGAGAAGCCAGUCCCAUUGCUGGGCUGUGUUAAAAGUCUGGGCUGUGUUAAAAGGUGCUUAAAUUUGAUUUGAGCCCACUUCUGACAGCUAUUCAUACGGUCAGUCACUUCAUCUCUCAACUUUUGUCUCUCAGUUUUGCGACAAGACGGCUCCAAGCCACACCGCUUUCAGUCUUUGUUAUCGCUGUACGUAAGUUUAUGGCCUUGUUCCAGGCUGACUACAUUCCAGUAGCCAGAUCUCACAACACCUGGAUAGGUGUUAAACAUAUCGACUUACUGCAUGAGAUGAUCUAGCAAUAUGAAAGACAUGGCACAGAACCAUUGGUCGAUAUGAGCAGCACGACUGCAAUAUAGGCAGCCUGGAACACGACAAAUCUCUUUCUGUGACUUAAUGGCCUUGUAAAAGCGCUCUAUUGCUGCAUGAACAAGUGAACUUGGGGCCUACUUUGGAUUAGUUCGCUGCCACUGACCAAUGGGCCUUUCAGAUCACAAGGACAAGACUUUGGCCGCGUUCCAGACUGACUACAUUGCGGUUGCCUGCCAGAUCUCACAAUGCCUGGAUAGGUUUAUAACAUACAGCUAACUUCAUCAUAUGAUGUAGCAAUCUUAUGGCCAACUGCUAAGUUGGUUGUUGGUUGCUGCGUGCAGCACGACUGCAAUGUAGUCGGCCUGGAACGCGACCAUGAGGGCGGUAGCAAUUAUGCGGGCAAAUGGCGGUGUUGUGGCAUAAUUGCGUCGAGAGAGAUUCGGUUAAGGCAGCACUUACUGUGAUUUGUUUAGCUUGUUUGCAACGCCAAAUGGUUUUGAUGGCUGCUGUACUGUACCUCAGGACCUUUUGUUGUGCCUUUUCAUCGGUAGCAUUUGAAGAAAUUCACCCUUUUUAAAACAUUUUUUCCAAAGUAAUUUCUGUUUCUUAUACUGUUAAAGAGCUUGUUGUUUUUUAAAUGCUUUCUGAGAAUCCACAACUAUGAAGCAACUAAGAGCUAGCUACUACACUUUAAAACGCAUAGCAUUGGUCAGUUGAAAGGCAAGCUGCUGGCUUAAACCUUCUAUAUCAGUCACUUGAAUGCAAAAUGAUUUAUAUUUGUUCAGUCUUUGUUCAAUCACUUGUGUCUAUGGUCAAUGGCAAUUGAUCAUAAUGUACAAUAUUAUUUCUGCAAAGUCUGUUGGGGCGAGAUCUGUCUGUCAAUCAGUAGGGCUUAAGGGGAGAUGGGGGGAGGGGUAAAGGUUCAGGGAUAUCGGUGUGAGAAGUUAACUUUUUAUAGAGUACUCUCACUUGUCAAUCAGUGUGCAGACUGAUGCAAUAUUGGGACAUCUGGGUUUAACUCAUUUGUCCAUUCUCUGUCUCAUUGGAUCUUCCAACAGUCUACUUUGUUGGAAACCUACCUGGUGACUUUCUUUCACUUGUCCAAUCCUUUAAAAUCAAAGAAAGGAAACUACUUUGGGCCCUCCUCUCACCUUCCCUGAGCAUAACCCAUCCGGAUGAAUUAGAGACAAUUUAGCCUUUUUUUUCUUCCUUUUUUUUACUACCAUCACAUCCUGUUAUCAAACUUCGAUAUGAUUUACCACAGCAGAGAAAUGAUUGAAUACCGGCGUGUCCAUGGUAGGAUACAUUGACCUAUUCCUAGGUCCCUGUUUGUAGGCUAUAGGCAGACUAACAGCCCCAGAGCCCCUAGACAAUUUGCAGUUGAUCCAUACCUCUCAAUUCACACUUUUCACUGGUUACAAUACUUACCUUUAGGAUUACGCAAUCAACUCACGUGAUUGUUCAACUCAUCCAUGUUUUUGCAUGUAAUUUCCCCCAACUAAUUAAAACUAGUGGCAUACAGUACAUGGAUAGAUUUUUCCUAAAUGAACCUUUUUGUAUGAUUAUUUUCUCUUGAUUUUACAGAAAUGCUGCAUUGCCCUCAUCUUCCUUAUUGUCUGUGUAAAGAGGUUGACAUGUCAUUUUCGAGUUAUCAUUUAAGUAAUUGUCUUGAUUUUUUGUUUUAACUUGCUCUUAAUUGUCGCCAGAGAGAGAAUAGGCUACACUGAAAAAGGUGACUUGAUCGGCAGGUGGUUAUUAUGAAUAAAGAAGAAAAAAAGUACAACAA